GCCGCAACAUCUUUAGUCCAUCUCGAUUGUCCACCUUUCGGAACGGCGUACUGCGCUGCUUCGUCCAUUCUCUUCAUUUCACUGGUUUCUGGGAUCCUUGGAGUCUACUGGGAGUGCAUCUUUGCCGAUAUCUGGCUCUUCUGGAGACUGAACGCUGGUGAUGGGCAAAGAUGGUCAAUUAACCGAUUCCGAGCACAAAUGCUGCGGAGUCGUACAAGAUGCUGCCAAUAAAUCUAUGAAGAAUCGUGAAAAGAGGAGAAACAAACCACAGCCAUGGAUCGUCCUCAAAAUGACCAUUGGGAUGACGCUGGGUAUCAUUGGCUACGCGUUCUACGUAUACAUCGGACGCUUCUGCGUACCCAUGCUCAGGGAUAAUACUGGAGACUUGGGCGGAAGGCGAAUAGGUAGUGAGUACUCAUUCCUUUCCUCGUUAUAUUCUGCCUGUUAGGCUUGACGAUGCUCUGGGCGUAUGCAAAGGUCACCUUGACGAGUCCAGGAAAAGCUCGAGAUCAUGUGGAUCCUUCUCCAGAACCUGUGAUCCAAAACUAUGUACCCGCUUGGUUCGAUUCUGAAAGCGAGAUCGGGCACGGCCCUUAUGUACCACCAACUCAAGAGCAGCACGGGAAUGGCUCAGCCUCACAACCCAAGAGUCAUUCUGCGCAAGCUCGAGUUACGAAUGGUUCUGAGAAACCCGUUCAGCAAGAGGACACUAACGUUGGUGUUAUGGGCACUCUGCCUCCAGUUCAGAAUGCUCGUGUGCAUGCCGAACAAAACGGCAGCGCUUACUCUAACCCCACCGGCGCGAAUACGGGGACGGGACCUCUACCAAAUCAACAACCGAUGAUGUUCACCAGGAAACCGCCUCCCACACCAGCAUUAUUACCCGAAUACCGAUAUUGCUAUAAAGACGGGUUUGUCAAACCUACACGAGCGCAUCAUUGUCGUGCAUGCGGAACAUGCAUAUUGAAAUAUGAUCAUCAUUGUCCUUGGAUCGGGCAAUGUGUUGGGGCCCGUAAUCACAAGUUUUUCGUCAAUUUCUUACAGUGGGCUUGUCUAUUUUGCCUUUGGACUUUCAGUACCUUGGUCGCUCAAAAUGUGAAGGCCUCACAAGGUCCAAAUGAAAAUAUCGAUCCUCAAGAAGUUGUCGUCACAGCCUUGUCAGGUCUAUUCAGCGUCUUUACUCUGGCCCUCUUAGCGACGCAGAUGCGUCUCAUCAUCAUGAACUAUACCACUGUUGAAUCCAUGGGUUUUCAACGAACGGAGGAGCGGGAGAAGACAGUCUUGGCUCGCCUUCACGAAUGGUAUGAGUUUGGUGCUAAACGUCGAACGAAGAAACAAUGGGAUAAAGAAUGGGGUCGAAUCAGUAAAGAAGGAAAUAUGUGGUGGCUUGGAAGCUACCGGCGAAAUUGGGAGUAUGUUAUGGGACAUAGUGUGUGGGAGUGGUUCCUGCCUAUUGGCCGUAGCGAAGGUGAUGGCGUAAACUUCCCACUUAACCCCCGAUUCGACAAAGACGGUCGAUGGAGACCAAGGCGAGAAUGGCCGAAAGAGUUGCAAUAAGCCCGGCUUGUUAGAAUCCAUCUACCUCUUUACGGUACAUGCUCCGAGGACGCUUACUGUGACAGACCGAUGACGACCUCCAUAUUUGCGGACUUUCUGGAUCCGGCCUGCAGUCGAGUGUACUAUAUUUUUGACCUACUCUCUCAGACUACAGACCCUCAUACCUUUACACCUAUACCUCGUCGUAAUUAUGUCUUGUAUAUAUCCACAUAUGUAGCACUUGUUAUUUCAUCUUCGAGAUCGGCUUGAGCUCGCAAUUCGUGGAAUUUCA